AUGACGACCCCACGAGCCUUCAUCAUCCGCCACGGUGAAACAGAAUGGUCACUUAACGGUCGACACACGGGUACCACAGAGUUACCGUUGACACAGAACGGCGAGAAGCGAAUUCGCGCCACCAGCCGAGCGCUGGUGGGCGACGACAGACUCAUUGUCCCCUCCAAGCUUGCCCACAUCUACGUGUCCCCGCGCUCCCGCGCUCGUCGCACCCUCGAACUCCUCGACAUCGGCUGCCGCGACAAACUUCCCUGGCACGACAAACACACUCCGUGCGAUGUACGCACAGAAGCCAAAGUGCAAGUCACAGAAGACAUACGCGAAUGGGACUACGGAGACUACGAGGGUUUGACAAGUGUGCAGAUAACAGAACAGAGGGAAAAAGCUGGGGAGAAGGUGUGGGAUAUUUGGAGGGAUGGAUGUCCGGGGGGAGAAUCGCCUGCAGAUGUUACGAACCGACUAGAUCGAUUGAUCAAAGACAUACGAGCGCGCUUCCACGAUGAAGCUAUUGGGAAACCGAAGGGUGAGGCGCCGGUUAGUGAUGUGCUGCUCGUGGCACAUGGGCAUAUACUGCGAGCGUUCGCUAUGCGCUGGAUUGGGAGGGAGUUGACAGACGGAGUGUCGUUACUGUUGGAAGCUGGUGGUGUAGGAACCAUGAGUUACGAGCACCGAAGUCUUCACGAACCCGCGAUCCUAUUGGGUGGCGCGUUCAUGGUAGAUGUUGUAGAGAACAAAGCCUAA